CGCCCAUAGAUAUAUAUGGGUUCGCCUAACCCCCUGGGCCAGGGCAUGAAAAUGCCUAACGAAGCCCGAGGUGUGGUGCGUUCUUUGGCACAUAUCUGCAUAAAAAAUGUGAUAGCCAAUAUGGAAAAUCUUUGGUGUCGGAAAUUUGUUGAACAUUUCUUCAAACAGGCCCACUGGCUCUAUGUCAUAGGCCCCUUCGAUAGCCUCCCCCCCAAGCUCUGCCAUGACAUCUUUGAAAGCAUGAUUGAGCGCAAACUUUUGCGUAAACAUCAUGUCUAUCUGAUGAUCCAUCCCAACUUCACCAAGUUAAACUGCAGUCGCGAAUCCAAUGAGUUGGCUUUGAUUUUGUCUCUGGUCAGCACUCGAUGCGCCGCUCUUCAAGAAUUAAACUUAUCUGGCUGUGCUAAACUACCCAAGACUGUCUUCUUGGAGGAGUUUCCUACCAUUUCCAAGCAUCUCCGACAUUUAGAUUUGUCUCACUCCAGUGCUUCUGACGACAUCCUGUCUGUCGUGGGUGUCUAUGGACAAAAACUCGUAUCCCUUAAACUGAGUUAUACAAAUGUAACCGAUUUAGGGUUGAGAACAUUAUUCUUUCCGGUGAAUCUGGACGGUAAACCCGAUCCUAGGUAUGGACAAGUGAAGAGUCUCCAAAGUCUCGAUAUCUUUCAUUGUGGAAUACGUUCUGAAGUCGCCAGUCAAAUUUUAUCCGCAAACCCAAAGUUAAAGGAGCUCAUCUACGAAGACUCGGUGGAUGCUGUGGCCCAUUCUAAACGCUUGGAUCCUGAAGCUCAAAUACACCUAACCACGCUUCACUCGGUCAAUCCCGAUUUAGAAGCUAGUGCUUUGGACAUUGCUUUGCGACAUUGCCAUUAUCUGGGACGUUUGUAUGUUUCUACUUUCAAGGAAAUGAACGUUUCUGCUUUUGAAUCGCUUUCAACAAAGAGUUCAACCUCUUCAACCCACGAGCUAAAAGAAAUUCAUGUUACCAACGAGCAGGGUAUCAACGCUAUUUCGAUGAUUGACGUGCUCUCCCCAGUCCUAUUUGCUCAUGGUAACAAUUUGCUCUCGUUGAAUUUGGCAGAAGUCCGGGAUGUUUGCAUCCCAUUGCUGGUGCAGACGUGUCGUCAGUUGGUGCAUUUAAGCCUUCAAUUCAAUGAAGAUUACGUGGAAAAUGUACCUCACUAUCUGUUGGAUGAAACUAUCGAAAAAAGGUUACCCCGCUUGAGGACACUCAAGGUUCUUUGUCAAAUCAAGAAGAGCUUGUACGCAACUGAAAACAUCUAUCCAGGAUCGAGCGACCUUAAAAUUCUACUUAUAUCUCCGAAAUUGGCUAAUAUCCACUUGUCCCACUGCGAAACGUUGAACGAUUCUGUUUUGUUAGAAAUUCUAUCCGAAAACACGUUGAAUCACUUGACAAGUCUCGAGCUGGACAACUGUAACGAAAUAUCAUUCGAAGGCUUAGCACCAAUUCUUCAAGGUGAAAAUAACUUGAAUCAGGUUUCAUUUAAGAACUGCAAGGAGAUAUCCCGGAAACAUGCCCAAUCGUACCAAAAAUACCUCAAACAAAAAAAACUUUUUACCAGAGUUCAAAUGGACUGGUCCUAAAACGGAGACGCAGGUGGUUCUUAAAUAAACAAAUUACAACGAAAAAGUGCUUCGAUUGAAUAUUAGGUUGUACAUUUAAUACUCGUGAAAUGUGUCAACAGUGUAUACAACGAUCAUACCAGUUAGUUAGGUCACGUAGACCGGACACAAAUACGUAAGCCGAUAAAUCACACCAAAAGCUUCUCGAUUUCGUUUUGAAUGGUGGUGAUCUGGGGCUUGAUUUGAGAUCCUUCAUUUUGGGUGAUGGAAGCCGAAAUCACGGACCGUGACACACCGCAAGCUCGUCCCAAAGCUUGCUUGGAGCGAACAAACACAUAAGGAACGUUCUUGUCCUCGCACAACAACGGAA